CUAAGAAUAAUCACUGUCAACUUUAUAGUAAUUAAACUAAUUGAUGUAUUCCACUAAUUGUAAAAAGAAAUUGCAAAGAAAGAGUGAUUCAACCACCCCCACGGCCCCACUGCGUCCAUAUAAAAGGAACUAUAAUGCAGCCAAUGAACAUAUAAUCCAAACCAUUCACAAAAUGGCAAAAAUCCAAAUGAUAUUGACUUGUUUAGCAUCAUUCCUAGUCCUAUCUUUCCUUUUCACAGGGGUUUCUUGCAAUCCUCAUAAACAUCAGUGCAGUCAAACCCCCUACCCCAAACAUUGUGAGUACUAUUUGAGAGAUUAUGCAUCAGAAAAUGAAACAAAUAUCUUCGAAGUUAGCAAGAAAGUGGCCCUUGAUCAUGCCAUGAAAGCUAAAGCCUACAUCGCUUCUUUAGGCCCGAAAUGCAAGAACGGGCGUGAAAAGGCCGCAUGGGCAGAUUGCGUAGAGUUAUAUGACGAUAUGGUCGAGAGGAUCAGUACAACGAUUGAUCCUCUCACCAAGUGCACCGCGUCUGAUGAGCAAACGUGGCUCAGCGCGGCAUUGACCAACAUCGACACGUGUUUGAACGGGUUCAUAGAAUUCAACGUCAUAGACAACAUAUACCCCUUGUUGUCAAGCAACACAUCACAAUUGAUUUCCAACACAUUAGCCCUUAGCAAAUAUAACUCUACUCAUGAAGAUGCCACCACUAAUAAAGAUGGCUUCCCCACUUGGGUUAAGCCCGGAGACCGGAAGCUAUUGCAAUCGCCGUCACCGGGCGCUAGAGCGGAUAUUGUGGUGGCCGUAGAUGGUACAGGAAACUACAAGAAAGUGGGUGAAGCAGUAGCAGCAGCAGCAGCGACAAGGAGAACCGGAAGUAAGAGGAUUGUUAUACAUGUGAAGGCCGGAACGUACACAGAAAAUGUGGAAAUCGGGAAGAAGUUGAAGUAUAUCACGAUGUUUGGUGACGGAAUUGAGAGAACAAUUAUUACGGGUAGGAGAAGUGUAGGAGGUGGCUUCACCACCUUCAAAUCAGCUACUUUUGCUGCGGUGGGAGAAGGAUUUAUUUGUCGAGGAAUAAGAUUCAUAAACACCGCCGGAGCUGCAAACCACCAGGCGGUGGCGCUGCGGUCCGGCUCCGAUCACUCGGUGUUCUACCAGUGCAGUUUCGAAGGUUAUCAAGACACUCUCUACGUUCACUCUAACCGGCAGUUCUACCGGGAUUGCAAUAUCUACGGGACAGUCGACUUCAUCUUCGGUAACGCCGCCGUUGUCAUCCAGAACUCCAAUAUCUAUGCGCGCAACCCGCCUGCCGGGACCAACACGAUCACCGCCCAGGGCCGGAAGGACCCGAACCAGAACACCGGAAUAUCCAUCCACAACAGCAGAGUCGCGGGAGCUACGGGCUUGUCAGGAUCCGCGAAGACAUACCUCGGACGGCCGUGGAAGCUAUACUCACGGACGGUCUUCAUGAAGACUUCCCUGGGUAGCUUGAUUGCCCCGGAGGGGUGGUUGCCGUGGGACGGGCCGUUUGCUCUAAACACUCUCUACUACGGCGAAUAUCUCAAUUCCGGGCCGGGGGCGUCGACGAACAGGAGAGUCCGGUGGGGCGGCUAUCACGUGAUCACCUCCGCAGCUGACGCUUCCAAGUUCACCGUCAGUAGCUUCCUCGGCGGUACCUCGUGGUUGCCCACCGGCGUGCCGGUCACUCCUGGCCUGUGAAGAGCAUUAGCAGAUUUUUUCGUGCACGACAUUUCAAAUGGAACCGUAUAUUCUAUUCGUACCUCUCAAUUUAUUGUUUGUUGGUUUUAUUUAAUAUUGUCAAUUAACCAUUCUUGCACCAUGCCAAUCUUGUGUAUAUAGUAUAUACCCGUGUAUAUAACGAAAAGCAUGUAUACUAGUUACUUGUAUAGUAUUCCCAUCGAAUUGUGAACUUUAUUUUUGUAUUUUGAAAUGUCCAUAUAUCAAUGUGUAAACGUUUGAAACUUUAUCAAGAAUUAAUAAAUUCAACUUUUCGUCAA